AUGAUCUAUGAUUCGUUGCUGUUCCCAAUCGCCCACUUUCUACUGCUGAUCACACAUAUUCGCGGCCAAUAUUCACCUCGUCUACCGAUCGAUAUUGUAGUUGGGUUACCCCGAGAUGAGGGGCAUAUCUUCAAGAAUCCUUUCAAACUAACCUUACCCAAGAGUCAGCCCGUCUUCGAUGUUGCCGUCGAAGAUGUCUACUACAAGCAUAAGCUCAUGCCACCGGGCUCGCUACGGGUUGUCUACGAGGACACGCAACUCAGCGAUGCCAUCGCCCCACAGCGUAUGGUCGAGCAUUACUGUAACCGUACUGUAGACGCUGUAAUGGGUAUGGCUUACGUCUAUGCGUUAGCGCCCGUAGCACGGAUGUCAGCGUUCUGGUUCGGCGGAGUCCCUGUAUUCACUACAACUGGGCUUGUCGAUGAAUUGGGUGAUAGAAAGGAGUUCCCUCUCCUCACUCGUAUGAUGGGCAACUAUAAAACUCUGGCUAAACUCAUGUACGCGUUAGCCCGUGCCCAAGGUUGGCAUCAUUUCUAUUUUGUAUUCAACGAUGAAGCCGGAAUCGAGGGUGGCAAAGGUUUUCCACGAUCUGAAUGUUAUUUCUCGCUCUAUGCGAUACGAAAUCGAAUUCAGAAGGAGAAGGAUAUCAUCUGGAAUGUGGACAUGUUUUCCACACGAAAUGCCAGCCGCAGGAAGUAUGCUGAUUUACUGAAAAAAGUCUCUAUGUCGAGUAAUAGUAAGUUUUAG